UUUGUGGAUAGACACAGGGCUGAGCUCAUCCAGAGGGUCCACAUGGUGAUGCCCAUAGCAGAUGAUCUGCUCAGAAGGGGCAUGAUCAAAUAUGAAAUGUUUGCUAAUAUUACAACUUCCAAGACCAACCAAGGCAAGAUGAGAGAGGUGUACAAAGCAUUGCAGUCAGGAGGGACACCACUUAAAGCAGCCUUCUACAGGAUUCUGCUGAAAAAUGAACGUGUUCUGGUCAUCAAUCUGGCUGCUGAGUUUGUGGAUAGACACAGGGCUGAGCUCAUCCAGAGGGUCCGCAUGGUGAUGCCCAUAGCAGAUGAUCUGCUCAGAAGGGGCAUGAUCUAUCCUGAGGUGUACUCUAAUAUUCAAACUGCCAAUACCAGCCAGGACCAGAUGAGAGAGUUGUACAAAGCCGUACAGUCAGGAGGGCCAGAAGUUAAAUCAGCCUUCUACAGGAUUCUGCUGAAACAGGAACCUCAUCUGGUCAUCAAUCUGGAGGAUGCUGUUGGAGAUGGAGAAGAUGGUUUGAACAUUGGAGAAUCUUCUUCAGGGAGCAUUGCAUUGGAAGGUCCUGCAUUACCUCCUGCCUCCAAUAUAUUGCCUGGGACUGGAAGAAAACCUGCUGCACUUGCAUCAGAUGAGGAAUCGGUUGGAAAGAUCACAUACUACACCAAUAACCAUCUUGGAAAAGGUGCCGAUGGAAUUGUGUUCAGGGGUUACUUCCUUUGUGAUGAUGCCAACAAGCGUCCUGCGGCAGUGAAGAGAAUUGAACUAGCAAAACAAAGCAGUGCUGAUCGAGAGGUCGCUUUGCUUCUUCAAUUGGACGACAAUCCCCAUGUCGUCCGGUACUUCUGCACUGAGAAGGACGGGCAAUUCCUAUACAUUGCCAUCGAGCUGUGUGCCGCCUCUUUAGAUAAGGUUUAAGUGAAUGACUCACUAUUUUAUUCUCUGACUCAUCCAAGGGGAUCAAA